GCGGGCUGCUUUACAGCCUCUCUCUCCUGAAAACAGCUGGGCAGGGGUAAAGCACCCACGGAAAGUCUCCUACCUCACUGAACUCUGCUCGCUAGUUUUGGGUGCAUGUCAAAUGCAAAGCAGGGAACCCAAUAUGGCAUCUUGCAUGAGGAGCUUGUUUUCUGACCACAGCAGAUACGUUGAAUCUUUCCGGAGGUUUCUAAAUAAUUCCACGGAACACCAGUGCAUGCAGGAAUUCAUGGACAAGAAGCUGCCAGGCAUAAUAGCAAGGAUUGGAAAAACAAAAGCAGAAAUUAAGAUUCUGAGCAUAGGCGGAGGAGCAGGUGAAAUUGACCUUCAGAUUCUCUCCAAAGUCCAGGCUCAAUACCCAGGAAUCUGUAUCAACAAUGAAGUUGUUGAGCCAAGUGCUGAGCAAAUUGUCAAGUACAAAGAGCUUGUAGCCAAGACAUCAAACCUGGAGAACAUAAAGUUUGCUUGGCACAAGGAGACAUCAUCUGAAUAUCAGAAACGAGUGCUGGAAGAAGAACCUCAAAAGUGGGACUUUAUUCACAUGAUUCAGAUGCUGUAUUACGUAAAGGAUAUUCCAGCUACCCUGAGAUUCUUCCAUGGUCUCUUAGCUGCCAAUGCUAAGAUUCUCAUUAUUCUUGUGUCAGGAACUAGUGGCUGGGACAAGCUUUGGAAAAAGUAUGGAUCCCGCCUACCCAGAGAUGACCUCUGCCAGUAUGUCACAUCCUCUGAUCUCACUCAGAUACUGGACGACCUGGGGAUUAAGUAUGAAUGUUCUGACCUUUUGUCCACCAUGGACAUAACAGACUGUUUCAUUGAUGGUAAUGAAAAUGGAGAGCUGCUUUGGGAUUUUUUGACAGAAACCUGCAACUUUAACAAAACAGCACCACCGGAUCUCAAAGCAGAAAUUAUGAAAGAUCUUCAAGAACCUGAAUUUAGUGUUAAGAAAGAGGGGAAGGUACUUUUUAACAAUAAUCUGAGUUUUAUAGUAGUUGAGGCAUAAAUGUAAAUCAUAAGAGUGUUCACAACAAACAAUUGUGAUUGUUCAGAACACCAUUAUUUUGAUUUUUUGUUUAUUUACAUAUUGAAUUUACAUAUCAAACACAUAUUUACGUAUUAAAGUUAAAAUUAAUCUUAGAAUAAGGUUAUAAUCUUUUCUCUUAUAAACGAAAUCUACAAAUUUUCAAGACAUUCUUGAAUUUCCACCAGAAUCAUGUGGGCUACUUCCAGUUAUUGCUUGUCCUUGAAACAUAGCAUUCAGGCUAAGUACUACCUAACUGGAAACAUAUGGCUUGAAUAUCAUUGGCUUACUGAUAAUAAACUUCUUUCCAUUAUCUUAUUGUACUGGAAAUUCUUAGACUAGUAAUAAAAUAUGUGCCAUCUGUAUUUUGAAUAAUAGCAAAAUAACAUUUAUUGAUUCUUUCAUUAUAAAAGGUAAAUAUAUCUCUACUUUUAAAGAAGUGUUUGUCUUCCUAUUUUUUCCUAUGGUAAUUUCUAUCAUACCUUUUAUUAAUAUCAUCAUAAAAUUAGAGGCUGGUGGGAUGGUUGUUCCAGAAGCCCUGGGUUCAGUUUUCAGCAUGCAUAUCCUACACCUCACAACUGACUGUGACACCAGCCCUGGAGAAUCUGAUGCCAUAUUCUGGCCUUGCAGGCAUCAACACUUAUGUGCACAUACCCCUCCCACACACAUAAUUAAGAAUAAAAUAAAUCUUUAAAAAGAUUACAAAAUUG